AUCGAUGGACUCGAAAUCGUUUGCAGUCCAAAUGGUUGUACCUCUCGCUUUGGGGCUUGCACGUCCUGCUCCGGUGCAGUUGCUUCGUUUCGCCCACGCGAAGAACCCGCUCCUCUUCCGAGCUUCACUUCAUUCCGAUUCAGUGCGUGAUUCAGAUGGAGUGCGAGUGUCUGAUCACCAAUCUGAACUAAUUUUCAUAGGAAGUGGAACUAGUGAAGGGAUUCCACGCGUUAGCUGCCUCACAGACCCCAUUAAAAAAUGCUCUGUGUGCUUCAGGGCUACUGAACCAGGUAGCCGAAAUAGGAGACGCAAUACAAGUCUCCUACUUCGUGUCCCCAGGCCUUCUGGAAUAUGUAACAUUCUUAUUGAUGCUGGCAAAUUUUUCUAUCACAGUGCUCUGAGAUGGUUCCCCGCCUAUGGGAUAAGAACAGUUGAUGCGGUUCUCAUUACUCAUUCUCAUGCUGAUGCCAUUGGAGGUUUGGAUGAUCUGCGAGAUUGGACGAACAAUGUUCAGCCUUCUAUUCCAAUUUAUACUGCAGAGCGUGACUUUGAGGUGAUGAAGAAAACACAUUAUUAUUUGGUAGAUACAAGUUGUGUUACACCUGGUGCUGCAGUUUCAGCAUUGCAAUUUCACAUAAUACAAGAAAAACCGUUUGUAGUACACAAUCUUGAAUUUACUCCUUUACCAGUGUGGCAUGGUCCUGGCUAUCGUUCUUUGGGCUUCCGAUUUGGCAAUAUUUGCUACAUUAGUGAUGUUAGUGACAUACCCAAAGAGACGUAUCCUCUGCUCGAGUCCUGUGACAUUCUUAUUCUGGAUGCACUGAGACCCGAUCGAUCUUCUGCAACUCAUUUUGGACUUCCAAGAGCCUUAGAUGAAGUCCGGAAAAUAAGACCCAAAAGAACACUAUUCACCGGUAUGAUGCAUUUGAUGGACCAUGAGAAAAUGAACGACUAUCUUCUUAAGUUGAAGGACACGGAAGGCCUCGACAUACAGCUCAGCUACGACGGUCUCCGUGUUCCAAUCACUCUAUAGUCUCAACAUACUGCCUUGAGGUCAGUCUAUUCAUUUCCUCAUCGAUUAAACAUACUAAAAAAUGAUACUACAUUUGAAAUAAAAUUUCUUUGUUUUUUGUCAUGUACUGGACCUUAAAAGUUCAAGUUUAUACUGCGGAGACAAUUUUCUUUCAA